GUGAUGUCACAUUCAGUGUGACUUCACAUUCUGAAGGCAACAGCCUCAAAACUCUUACUAGUACGCACUCUUCAGGUAUCUGCAGGUGUAUUAUCAAGUUAUCUGGUCUGGAACGACAAGAACAUUGUGUCUGUGGCUUUACAUAACUUGAACGUGAACACACUCAGUCUUACUAACCUCUGUAACAACAUGGAGGAGGAUCUGAGUGAAAGCAAGAAGAGGGCUGGUGAUGGAAACCACGCUGAACACACUGAGGUUUCAGAGGAGACACACAACAAGAGAAAGACCAGUGUUGUCCAACCACCUGUACAGAAGACAAGGAAGACAAGGUGUAGUAUCAACAACACCUUCGACUCCGGCACACAUGUAGUGUGCCAUGAUGGCAAGCCACCAAAAAACCAGGGAAGGUGUUCCAAUGCCAGUGACCCCAGUGUGAUAGUAGUAGAGAAUCUGUCAGUGGAGACGCAGAAAACAAAUGCCAAUGAUGGCGGUGAGGCACCUAAAAAGAAACUGAGCCACAGCACUAGGAGCACUGAUGUGAAGAGGGACGUCAGUUCUGAUGAAGAUGCAGGUGACGUCAACCAAAACUUAAGCAGCGCCUCAUCUCAAGAGGAGAAAAUCUUUGAGAUGUCUUCCUCAGCAAACACAAGCACAGCUGACUUUGAAGACAAGUACUAUGAGCUCUGUCGGCUCGGAGCAGGAGGCUACGGCUAUGUGUAUGAUGGAUUGCGUAAUUCAGACAAUUUCCCGGUCGCCAUCAAGCACAUUCCCAAAGAGAAUGUGAGAUGGGAACAAGUGAUUUGCAAUGGGAAGGAGUUUAAAAUCAUUCUCGAGGUCGCCUUCAUGCUGAAAGCCGCCGGUCUACCAGGAUCAGUUGGACAAUCUGCUGCCGUGUCUCUCCUUGAUUGGUACAUUCUGGAUGAAGAGUUAAUACUGGUCAUGGAAAACCCAGUCAACUCCAUUGACCUCUGGGACUACAUUGAAUCACAGGGAGGAUCAUUGGAGGAACAUAAGGCAAAGAUGAUCCUGAAGCAGCUAGUGGACGCUGCCAUUGACAUGCACUCUAAGAAUGUCUUUCAUCGGGACAUUAAGCUAGAAAAUGUCCUGAUUCAAAAGAUCUCUGAUGUACCAAGAGUCCGUAUCAUCGACUUUGGUUGUGGCUGCUUCUCAACAGAUGCACCUUAUGAUUCCUUCUGUGGUACCCUUGCUCACUCCCCUCCAGAGUGGAUUCAAUGUCAGAAAUACUGGGCCCGCCCUACCACUGUUUGGCAGCUAGGCGUGCUCUUCUAUUCACUGCUGAAAGGACAUGUGCCUUUUACCACCGUACACUACAUCAACAAUGACAUUAAAUUCAACACAGCACUGUCCACAGAUGUAAGGAUUUUACUGCGCAUGUGCCUGACCUUAGACCCUAAAUUGCGGUCUAGUCUGGAGGAGCUAAAGCAGAGUCGAUUCCUCAACAACCCAGCCCUUUGUCUACCUAGGGACAUCCUUUAUAAGUGACUUUAUUUUUGAAAGGUGUCAUGGGUUCAGGGAAACUGGCAGAACAUCUAAGAAGUAAAAGCUUUCGAUAAUUGUCAAAAACAACAAACAGAAACAACCAUCAGCUGCAGACUGAGAGAUGUCAAUAAAAUCAAACGAGCCUUUCC